AGCCUGCCUCCUGCGCUCGUACAACGUAUUUUAGCGGUGACUGUGGCUGGGUGGACGGGUUUGGCUUGUUGGGAGUAGCUGCUGCUUUCUGCUGCGUGUUGCUGACUGGAGCAAGCAGUGCACAAGGAGCAGCAGCGACGCCAAAACAAUACGUGUCACACGGCUCGGCUCGGACUCAAACGCAAAGCCAGCUGGAAAAAAACUGAAUAAUUAACCAGGCGACUGCAAACCAAGAUGCCUGCCGUCGACAAACUCCUCCUGGAAGAGGCACUGCACGACAGCCCUCAGACUCGAUCCCUGCUUAGUGUGUUUGAAGAAGAUGCUGGAACGCUCACAGAAUAUACAAACCAGUUACUCCAAGCAAUGCAGAGGGUUUAUGGUGCUCAGAAUGAAAUGUGUUUAGCAACCCAUCAGCUUUCCAAACAUCUUCUUGCAUAUGAAAAUCAGAACUUUGCGUUGGGUAAGGGGGAUGAACAAGUUAUAUCCAGCUUGCAGAACUUUGCCAAAACUGUGGAGGAGCUCAACAUCCUUCACGCUCAGCUAGCUGAGCAGCUUGCAGAGGCAAUGGUAUUUCCAAUGAUCCAGUUUCGAGAAAAAGACUUAACAGAAGUGAGCACAUUAAAAGACAUGUUUGUACUUACCAGUAAUGAGCAUGAUAUAGCCAUGGCAAAAUACAGCAGACUACCAAAGAGAAGAGAGAAUGAAAAGUUAAAGGCAGAGGUUGUCGCUGAAGUAGCAAGUGCAAGAAAACGGCAGCACCAGGCUUCCUUGCAGUAUUACUGCGCAUUGAAUGCACUACAGUAUAGGAAGAGAGUGGCAGUGAUGCAGCCAAUGCUGGGAUACACACAGGGACAGAUUGCCUUCUUCAAGAAAGGAAUGGAGAUGUUUUCUAAAAGACUGGACAGCUUUUUAUCAUCAGUUUCAAAUACAAUAAAGAGUAUACAGGACCAAAUGGACACUGACACUGAAGCUAUGAGACUUUCCCAGCAGGAACAGUUGUCACUUAAUGAAUCAGUUUAUAUUCCUGACUAUGAUGUAGCUUCACCUGUCAUCAAUCGGAAUCUCCUUCAGAAAGCAGGGUACCUCAACAUUAGGAACAAAACGGGCUUAGUAAGUACUUCCUGGGACCGACUUUACUUCUUCACACAAGGCGGAAACCUUAUGUGCCAGCCAAGAGGAGCAGUGGCUGGUGGGCUUGUUCUGGAUCUGGAUAACUGUUCAGUUAUGGCGGUGGAUUGUGAAGACCGAAGAUACUGCUUUCAGAUUUCUAAUCCUUCUGGAAAACCGAGUGUUAUUCUUCAAGCAGAAAGCAAGAAGGAAUAUGAAGAGUGGAUAUGUGCCAUCAACAACAUCUCAAGACAGAUAUAUCUUACUGAUAAUCCAGAGGCAGUUGCCAUCAGGCUGAAUCAAACGGCAGUGCAAGCAGUGACACCAGUUGCAAGUUUUGAAAAAAAAUGUGAAAGUGCACAGCCUAAUAGUCAAACUGCAAACCCUGAUUUGGAGUACACAAAUGCAACAGUACAGCAUCAGGAACCCUCAGAUUCUGUGGAUUCUUUAAUAUUAAUAGAACCAGGAACACCAAUUCAGUUUGAUAUUGUUCUUCCUGCAGCUGAAUUCUUAGACCAACACAGACCAGGAGAUGGAAGGCGCACAAAUCCAUUCGGAGAAAAUGAAGACAAUAGCAAAGUGGAUGAAGAAGACUCACUCCUGAAUCAGAUGUUUCUAGUCCGAUUUUUAGGAUCAAUGGCCGUUAAGUCAGACAGUUCCAAAGAAGUUAUCUAUGAAGCAAUGCGACAAGUCCUUGCAGCACGUGCCAUUCAUAAUAUCUUCAAGAUGACAGAAUCUCACCUGCUUGUAACAAGCAAAGAUCUGAGGCUUAUUGACCCUCAGACCCAGGUUACCAAAAUAAGUUUUGAGCUUAAAGAUGUUACCCAAUUUGCUGAACAUCAAGAAAACAAGAGGCUAAUUGGAUUUGUAGUUCGAACUCCUGCUUUGAUAGAAAAUGAAGAUGAUACAUUGAGUGCAUAUAUAUUUGAAAGUAAUACUGAAGGAGAAAAGAUAUGCUACACAAUAAGCAUUGGAAAGGAAAUAAUUGAAGCCAAGAAGGACCCAGAAGCUUUAGCUGAGCUGAAGAAAUCUAUUCCGCUGAAUAAUGAUGGAAAAUUCAUUUUACUCACCGAUACAUCUGACAACAACAAAGAGAAUGGAAACUGUGAAGAUUCUGAAUCAGAAGCUUAACAGAAAAUGUCACACGUUAAAACAUUAUUGAAUGAAAAAUAUUUUUUUAACUAUUGACAUUUGGGACCAUUUUCAAACAUGUGUGCACUUUUACCUUUGUGUCUUGAAAUGUUAACAUUAGUUUAUACAUGAAGAAUCUUAAGAUCAGCACAACAGUUCAGUUAGUAUCCAUUGUUUUCAGAUGAGGAGUAACAAUAUUUUGAGUUUAUUUUGUUUACAGCAGGUAAGUGCAAGGUUACUUAAUCCUGCUUUUAGAGUUUCAUUUGUUCAUAGGUUAAUUAAUAGGCUAGCUGCCCUUGCAGGCCAUUUUAAGCCUAACCAAUUUCCCUUUUGGGGCUUGAAUUAACCUGUCUUAUGUGGCGUUAGAUGGGCUUUACCCAUCCUAUGGUCAAUAAUUAUAUGUUAUGCCUAGUGAGGGCAACUGCAAUCGUAUCAUAGAUAAUUUGAGGGGGCCCAUGCAUGGGAUAAAGCUUUUAGGAGCUGUCUCUGUCCAUCAGUAGCACUGGGUCAGUUAUGGAGUAAAUUUACUUUUUCCCAUCCAUAUAUCCAAGUUGAAUAUGGAUAACGAUGAGCCUUGUUUUAUAUGGAUGGUGUGUCUGUUCCAGAGCAGUGGUAUCCUCUGUGAGAUAAAUCUAUCCUUCCAAACCAUUUGUUGAUGUUUCAAAAGAAGCUUUUGUGGAAAUUUUUCCUUUGCCUCUUGGAUCCUGCUACAUUAAAGGUUAAAAUUCAUUUGUAUUUACAUUCAUAUAGUUUAAAAAUUUCUGAGGGGUGUUUUGAAGAAUCUUCGAUCUUUUGCAUUGGGUUCUUUGUUCUAACAGAAUGUAGCUUAAAUAAUCCAUUGAGUUUUUGCUAGCCUCUCCCACCUACUAUUCCCUCACUUCGCAUCCCACUCUUUCUCUCCAGUUUUCUCUUUCUCACUUGUAGAAGGCAUGUCCUUGUUUUAAACAUGGAUUUAUUUCAGAUGAAGCAUAAAAGAUAAAAGUAUAUUUUUAAUGAUUAUUUUAUUGAAUUCUAGUAUGUAGCCAUGCUUUGGCCAGUUAGCUUUGCAGAGCAAAGUUAAAUGGUCAUUAAUAUUAAAAGCCUCUUUCUCUCCACCCUUUUACCCAUAAUUAGUUUCAUUUCAGAACUUUAAUGUAAAGUUUAUAGUAUGAGGUAAACAACUUAGCCUAAUGUUACUUCAGUUUUAUUUGUAUAAAGUUAAAUAAAGGCAUAAUGUUUACAGAUGUACCAUAACAGCUUUAGCAUUUCCUGAAAUUUAAUUUUAUUUGAAGGAUAAAAGUAAUACAGAACAGUUUGGAAGUAUGUUUCAAAAAACUUUUGAAUAUUGGUUUUGAUUUCUAAAACACUUAAACAUGAUAUUUACCAAUUUCAGUUUAGGGAUAGUAAAUUCAUUAUAGCCAGCAUUAACUUUUUAGUGUAUAGAACAAUAUUAAAAUAAAAAAAAAUAGUAAUAAUUUAUUUUUGUACCUGUCAACAGCAGUCAUAUAAAUGAAGUGCCUUUCACAUUCUUCAGACCAUAAUAGGUUCAGAGUUGUUUGCUUGUUUUAUUAUUUUUCCCCAGGGGGAAAAACAUAGUAGAUGUUGUAUGGUUAUUUUACUUUUUCAGAAAGCAUUCCUUUCAUUGUCAGUCAAAUUAUCAUAACAUUAGAAAAUUACACAAAAGCAGUAUGCAGUUGUGCAGUAUAGAAGUCUGAGGUAGUAAAUCAGAAAGCUACAGCUGUAGAAAAGAAGUUAGAAAAAAAAACUUAACUUUGUUAAAAGUUUUGUUUUCAUCACUUCAGAGGACUGGAGAUUGGGGUGUAGGAACUGUGUAUAUCCGAGAUCUGUAGCUGUUGUCACACUAAUACUGGAUUACAGUGCAAACCAAAAAUGCUUGUAGUACUUGUAUAAACAGAUUGCAAGUGUUUUUUUUUUCUCCUUUGGUUUCCUUUGUUUGGCUGUAAUGUAAACUGCAGUUUUUUAAUUGUUUUAACAUGGACAGAUCUGUAAAAUAAAUUCAAUUCAGUUUGACCUUGUGCAGGUGUGAUAAGUAAUUGUGUGCACAUGUGCCUGUGCACAGGUACAUGUCACUGUCAGUGGUAUUCUUCCUUUAUCUUUUAUGAAACAGCCUACCAGCAGACCUAAACAACGCUUACAUUUAAAUAAAAUACACUGUGUCAGUGAUGACUCAUUUGUUUUACUGCAAGUGGGCUGAGUGACAGUACUGCCCCUGACUUCCAUUGCACAAUGUCUGUGAGCUGAGAGGAAAGAAGCUAUUGCAUUCCUCAUCUGUUAGAGUGUAAAAAUUGUUAACGGUGUAUUUUUCCUAUCUACAAAUUAAAGUGCAGGAUUUUUUGUGCUGUCUGUGUGGCUUAACGCUAGAUAAAAAUCAAAGAAAUGUCAUUGAAAUAGGAAGCCCAUUUUCCCUUCAUUAAUAUUACAGUGAAAAAAACAGCAGGUUAUGCAAACAAGUGUAGGUGGGUUCCUUUUCAUCCACAAGAGGUUUUGCAAUUUGAAAAAAAAAUCAGCAGCCUUUUUUCAGUAGAAAAAAAAGAUACCGUAUAGCAUUUUUUCUUUUUUUUUUUUUUCAGAAAACAUUCCUCAUACUUUCAUUUAGAAUUAUUAUAACAUUUGUAAAACUUAAUAAAAAUGAGUUGUACACUCUAAAGGU